AGAAAAUAGGCAUCUUCUUUGCCACAGCACUAAAACACACCAGUACUGUACUUUCAUACCUUCCUCUUUUGCUUUUUUUGUUCCUGUGGGCUGUGGCUAACAUUUCUCUCCCUCUCUCUCCCAUUAACGGUGCCCAUGUUUCUGUGUAAUUUACCUGCAAUUGGGCAUGUCAUCCUUCUUUUUAUACUCCUCUUUUCUUACCUCUUCACUCUUUCUUUAGCUUGUUCUGGGGGCAAUUGUCAGGUUUUAGAGUCAUGUUCAGCUGCUAAUGAUUGUGCGCCUGGUUUGUACUGUGGGAAUUGCCCUGCUGCUAAUAAGCGCCAACCCGUUUGUACUAGAGGACAAGCUAACAUACCCACUUCUAUUGUUAGUGGGUUGCCCUUUAACAAGUACUCAUGGCUAGUGACUCAUAAUGCUUUCUCAAAUGUGAAUGCUCCUCCAUUGUCGGGUGUACAAAGAAUCACAUUCUACAAUCAAGAAGAUACAGUGACCAAUCAACUAAGGAAUGGAGUGAGAGGAUUGAUGCUGGACAUGUAUGACUUUGAAGAUGAUAUUUGGCUCUGCCAUUCGUUCCAAGGCCGCUGUUAUAACAUCACUGCUUUUGGGCCGGCAGGCGACACUUUGAGAGAAGUUGAAGCAUUUUUGACCGAGAAUCCCUCAGAGAUUGUCACCAUUAUCAUAGAGGAUUAUGUUCAUUCCCCGAAAGGGUUAACUCAGCUGUUUGCAAAGGCUGGGCUGGAAAAGUAUUGGUAUCCUGUAUCCAAAAUGCCAAAGAAAGGUGAAGAUUGGCCUACGGUAAAUGAUAUGGUUCAACAAAAUCACCGUCUUUUGGUUUUUACCUCUGAUGAUUCGAAAGAGGAAGCAGAAGGGAUUGCUUAUCAGUGGAGAUACAUGGUUGAAAAUGAUCCUGGAGAUCCUGGAGUAAAGCAAGGUUCUUGUCAUAACAGAAAGGAAUCUAAAAGACUUAGCUCGAAAGGGGCAUCACUUUUCUUAAUGAAUUACUUUCCAACAUAUCCUGUUGAGGAUGAUGCUUGUAAAGAAAACUCUUCCCCUUUGGCUGAUAUGGUUGGUACCUGUGAUAAGGCAGCAGGAAAUAGGAUGCCAAACUUUGUGGCAGUGAACUUUUAUAUGAGGAGCGAUGGUCCAGGAGUCUUUGACAUAUUGGACAAAAUGAAUGGACAGACAUUAUGUGGCUGCAGCACCGUAACAGCCUGUCAGCCUGGAUCUCCACCUGGGGUUUGUAAAAAUGUACCAGCACCAGUUAUAGCUCCUCCUGCCUCAAGUUUCAGUGGAAGCUUUUCAGGAUCUGUACAGUUAUCUGGAUUUGCUCCAGCUGCGUCUUAUCCAAAUAUUUUACUAACUUGUUCGUUUCACUUAUCAUUGAUGUUAGUAUUGAUGUGGUUAUAGUGCACGUGACAUGAGUGCCAAAGUGUACGAUUGAACUUGUAUGCAUCAUUAGAAACAGGUUUUUAGAAGUACUGUAUUAGAAGUAAAUCUUGGAGCAAGAAAAGACAUAGUACAUAGAUUCUAUUGAAGGAACUUCAAGGGUAGCUUAGAUCUAGUAAAUUGAAUCAGAUGGAUAACAAUGAGUAUAUACUCUCCAGACAGAUUUCUGCCGGAAGACAGAGCAAGGCAUCGAUGACAAAUGAUUAAAGAAACAGGUAUGCCACAAGCUGCCUCCUGCUUGCCUUUUAUUCUUAUCAUUUUUGCAAAAACUUGUCUAAAAGGACUACAAUGGGGUAUUUGUAUUCACCCCGAAUAUUAGAGAUGUAUAGGUUGCAGUGUGUUUAGGAAACUAGAAUUGUGUUGGUUUAGGAAUCUAAUGUUAGAGUCUCAUGUCUAUUAUAGUUAUGUUAUGGUUUUCUAUAUAAACUCAUGAUAUAACCAAGUUAUAACUAGUUUGUUAGGUUUAUUAUUGUUCA